GCGCACGUUUUAAUAAAAAUAAUUGCGUUCAGAUAUGAUCGGUUAGAGCGCUGUCAUACUAUUUUAUGCUACUGUACAUUACACAUGAUUUUGAUUGUAUAUUCUAUUGUAUUUUGUAAUGUGUUUGUACAAUCAAAUAGCUUUUUUUAAAAGUUAUAAGUGUAAACAAAACAGUUUUAUAUCUAAACUUUUAAAGUUCGUUUUUUAAAUUGAAGAAUUUUCGUGAUGCUAAAUGUAUUAAGUUACUACGCAUGUGUAGAAAAAAAAACGUAGUUUAUUUGAUAUAAUUUGUCAUUUAUUCUAAUUAAUUGUAUAUGAGAGUUUUAUAAAUUACACAUUAGAGGUUAAUACAAAUUUGAUAUAAUUAACACAAGUGUAUUAAAGUAAAUGUAUAAAUUAUUAUUAAUAUCUCAAAGAGAUAUUAAUUAAUUAUUUAAAAUGUGGUUAUUACAAUCUCGUAAAGGAAAACUCAUAUAUUUAAAACCGAACAUUCCACUAACAAUAGGAAGAACGAAAGGUGAUAUUAUUUUAUCACACGAUGCUUCGAUAAGUAAAAUUCAUGCUUCUUUUGUAGUUAAGACUGAAAUGCAAAUUGUGAAUGGUAAAGCUACAACUUUAUGCAUACUUAAAGAUGAAGGAUCUAGAUAUGGAACUUAUAUUUUUAAAAAUAAUGAAUAUGAAAAGAUUUCAACAAAUGUUCAUUUAAAGGAUCAAGAUUUAAUUAGAAUUGGCAUACAAUAUGAAAUAUUUAUUGUUAAAUAUAUUCCUAUGAUUACAUUAACGUCUGGAUUAGAAGAAGAGGAAAAGAAUAAACUUGAAGGAAUAAUGAAACAAAUAGAUGGUAUUAUUUUAAACAAUUGGCAACAGCAUUGUACACAUUUAACGGUGCUAUGUCCAAAAUUAACGGAAAAGGUAGCUGUAGCAUUAGCAGCUGGUAUAGUUAUCGUUACCGUUGAUUACUGGGAAGCAGUGAAAUUUGCUAUGGAAAAUGAUGAACAUCCAAUUCCUAAAACUGAUAAUUAUAUACCACACAUAAAGGAAGAAUAUAUUCCCAGAGGAAUAGUUUCUCUUCGUCCAAAUGAUAAACGCAAGAAAUUGUUUAGUAAAAAAUCAUUCUAUUUCUAUGAUUUAGACCUAUUCCAUAUGUAUAAAUUAAUGGUAAAAUUAGCAGAUGGAGAGGCAUUUUUCAUAGAUUUGAAAAUUAACCAAGAUUUGUGGUUCAAAGAAGAUGCCGUUCAUAUACAAAUUAAUAAAGACAAUGAAUUAUUGAGAAUUUUGAGGCGACACUACAAUAAUAUAUUUCGGACGUUGCAACGUAAUAAACAAAGAUUUAUAAAUGAUUGUGAAAUACCACUCGCUAUUUUAUAUUGUUCUAUCGAAAAGUACUGUAAUCCAAAAUAUCAGUUUUCAAAUGUUUUUAAAAAAGAAGAAAAAGUUGAUUUUUUUUUACCUGAAACACUUGUAAUGGAUACACAAGAUCUAGAACUGAUAACAAAAGAAGUUUCUGCACCUACACAAAGAUCUUUCUAUAGAAAGCAAAAAGAUGAUGUUAAGAAAUCAUCCGAAUUUGUUGAUAAUAUUGACAGAUACACCGAAGUAUCUGUAAGAGAAAAAUCAGAUGAUGAAAUAUCAGAAAUUCUAAUAUCAGAUGAUGAGAAAGUAUCAAAAAAUUCCGUACAACCUUCUACUUCUUCAUCUACAUUUCUACCAAAAUUUACGGAAUCAGAAGAAAGUAGUUCAAGUGAUUUAUUUAUUGAUAACGUUGAAGUUUGUGAAAAUUCAUCAAAUGAAGAGCAAGAUACAUCUACAGCAAAAGAAUCUCAAUCAUUUGUGGGGCAACAAGAAACUAAAAUUACAGAAAACUUGUCUACAAUGAAAGUAUCAAGUAAUAAAUGCUUACAAAACGAAAAUACCACAGAGAGAACUAUUACGUCAAGUAUAUUAAAACAGAAACGUCCAAUUGGAAAAACAUUUCGAAAGGCAAAUAUUAAAAUACCUGAAAAGAGAAUAAGAUUUUAGCCACAUAAGCCACAUUGCAGAAGAUUCUAUUAAUGUUUAAGUAAACAAUAAUUUUGUAAUAAGCAUUUUGAUAAAUAAAGAAAAAAUGUAUUAUUUUCGGUA